AUGUAAGAGAUCUAUAUUGGAGUUGAUAACCCUAAUUAUCUAAAGUUUGAUGAUGGAGAAGUAUUGGGGGCUUAUCCUUUUCCUCACAUAAUAUCUAAAAUUGAUGUUGAAUUCAACCAAUCCCAUGUUAUUGGAGUAAAUGUUACAUACAAAGUUGGAAAUGGAUAAUUUGUAUCUGGUCAAUCUAGUCUCAAGUUCAAGAACACUCCUGCCUAUGUUAAGACAUUUAUAGUCCCAGAAGGCGAUUUUUUAUCUGAAAUAAAUGGAUGUUUUGAAAAUGUCAUCAAUUCCAUAGGAUUUGUUACUUACAAAGGAUAUAAGGAGACUUUUGGAAAUCCCAUUGGGGUCUCAUUUAGACACUUUUCACCGUAAAAUACAUUCACUGCUGCAAAAGGAUCCUUCGACAAAUGGUUAAAUUUUAUUGCAUUCAGAGUUGUACCACUUCCACCUUAUGCUAUGCAAUAAUUUUAUCCAGGAACCAACUAAAAUUAAUAGAUGAAUUAAGUUCCUCCAUAAUAACCCUUAUAACAGUAGCCACCUCCAUAAUAUCCUUAUCCAUCUAAUAAUUAUCCACCAUAGCAACAAUAACAACAAUAUCCACCUCAACCUCCCAAUUAAUAAGGAUAUGUGCCUCCACCUCCUCCUAUGCAAUAAGGUUAUGUCCCACCACCUCCUCCUCCUAUGCAAUAAGGUUAUGUGCCUCCUCCUCCUCCUAUGCAAUAAGGCUAUGUUCCACCACCUCCUCCUCCAGGUUAAUAACCAUAUACUCCUUAUCCUUCUACAUAUACUCCCCCAUAUACAGGUUAUCCAGGAUAGUAACCAUAUCCUUAUCCAACUUAUUAACCAUACCCAUAAUAAAACUCCACAACCAUAGUUGAGGUAAUAGACACUAAUCCUUAUGGAGGUGGCUAUAACUCAAGCUAUAACAAUUACUAUAAUUAAAGACCAGGGAUGGGAGUUGGAGCAGCAAUGGGUCUAGGAAUGUUAACAGGAAUGGCAGUGUCAGAUUUGACUCAUCAUAAUCAUCAUGGAGGAAUUUAUGAUGUAAAUAUAUUUGGAGGCCAUCACCAUCACCAUCACAGAUAUUGAUUUUGAUAUUAUAAGAUGGAAAUUAAAUUUAAUAACGAUAAUUGUAAGCUUAUUACAUAAUAUCAAUUUAUAUUUAAUGGAAAGAA